CGGGUAUCAGAGUCGGUGCUGCGGCUGCUCUGUCAUGUGACCAGUUGGCUCGCUGUCUGGGAUAAAGAAAGAUGGCGAGCUGCGGGGGUACGGCAUGCUGCUGCUGCUGCGGGGACAGGGAGAGCCGCACCCCGGAGGAGCUGACGAUCCUUGGCGAGACCCAUGAAGAAGAAGAAGAGAUCCUUCCUCGCAAAGACUACGAGAGUCUGGAUUAUGACCGAUGCAUCAACGAUCCGUAUCUCGAGGUUCUGGAGAGCGUCACCAGCAAGAAAGCCCGCAGGCACGAGGCUGUGCGAUGGAUCAUGGUCUUUGUUAUUGGCGUUUGCACGGGGCUGGUCGGGCUCUUCGUCGAUUACUUCGUGCGGCUUUUCUCCCGCUUCAAGUACAGGUUGGUUGAAGGCUCCAUCGAGGAGUGCACUGACCGAGGAUGCCUGGCGCUCUCGCUCCUGGAGCUCCUGGGCUUCAACCUGACCUUCGCCUUCAUCGCGACGCUGUUUGUCCUCAUCCAGCCCGUGGCAGCCGGCUCCGGGAUCCCCGAAAUCAAAUGCUACCUGAACGGGGUGAAAGUCCCCGGGGUGGUGCGGCUGCGGACGCUGGUGUGUAAAGCCCUGGGGGUCCUGUUCAGCGUGUCCGGAGGAUUAUUUGUUGGCAAAGAGGGUCCUAUGAUUCACAGCGGGGCCGUAGUCGGAGCAGGAUUACCGCAGUUUCAGAGCAUCUCUUUCCAGAAGAUUAAUUUGGAUUUUCCGUAUUUCCGGAGCGACCGGGACAAGAGGGACUUUGUGUCUGCCGGAGCCGCCGCUGGGGUGGCAGCCGCUUUCGGGGCCCCUAUAGGCGGGACGCUCUUCAGCCUAGAAGAAGGAUCCUCUUUCUGGAAUCAGGCGCUCACCUGGAAAGUGCUCUUCUGCUCCAUGUCGGCCACUUUCACGCUCAAUUUCUUUCGUUCCGGGAUUCUGUUCUCGAGCUGGGGCUCGUUCCAAGUGCCCGGACUUCUCAAUUUUGGUGAAUUUAAGUGCUCCGAUUCAGAUAAGAAAUGUCACCUGUGGACGGCGGUGGACCUGGCGUUCUUCAUCGUUAUGGGUGUGAUCGGAGGCCUCCUCGGUGCCACGUUCAACUGUCUGAACAAAAGGCUGGCCAAGUACCGGAUGAAGAACGUGCACCCCAAACCCAAGCUUGUCAGGGUUUUCGAGAGCCUCCUGGUCUCGCUGGUCACCACCGCGGUUGUGUUUGUAGCCUCCGUGGUUUUGGGAGAAUGCAGAAGUCUGUCUCCCCCGACACACUGGAACAACGGCACCUCAUCUGCGCAGGUCCCUUGGGUCUCCUCUUCAGAAGACGUUAAUUCCAGCAUCAAGACCUUUUUCUGUCCUAACAACACGUAUAACGACAUGGCGACCCUCUUCUUCAACCCUCAGGAGUCGGCCAUCUUGCAGCUCUUCCACCAGGAGGGCACGUUCAGUCCCGUCACGCUCUCUUUCUUCUGCUGCAUGUACUUCUUCCUCUCGUGCUGGACGUACGGCAUCUCCGUCCCCAGCGGUCUCUUUGUGCCGUCGUUGCUGUGCGGCGCGGCCUUCGGCCGCUUGGUCGCCAACAUCCUGAAGAGCUAUUUGGGGUUGACUCACAUCUACUCGGGGACGUUUGCCCUGGUCGGCGCCGCGGCUUUCCUGGGCGGCGUGGUCCGCAUGACCAUCAGCCUCACCGUCAUUCUCAUUGAAUCGACCAACGAGAUCUCCUACGGCCUGCCAAUCAUGAUCACGCUGAUGGUUGCGAAGUGGACGGGCGAUUUCUUCAACAAAGGCAUUUACGAUAUCCACGUGGGCCUGAAGGGCGUCCCCCUCCUGGAGUGGGAGACCGAGGAGGAGAUGGACAAGUUGAGAGCCGGUGAUAUCAUGGAGCCCAACCUCACGUACGUCUACCCGCACACCCGUAUCCAGUCGCUGGUCAGCAUCCUGCGCACCACGGCCCAUCACGCCUUUCCCGUGGUCACAGAGAACCGCGGCAACGAGAAGGAGUUCAUGAAGGGCAACCAGCUGAUCAGCAAUAACAUUAAGUUUAAGAAAUCCAGCAUCUUGACUCGCGCGGGUGAGCAGAGAAAGCGGAGUCAGUCUAUGAAGUCGUAUCCAUCGAGUGAGCUGCGCAACGUGUGCGAUGAGAACGUAACCUCCGAGGAGCCGCUGGAGAAGGAGGACAUGCUGCAGCAGAUGCUGGAACGGAGGUACACCCCUUACCCUAACCUUUACCCCGACCAGUCCCCGAGCGAAGAGUGGACCAUGGAGGAGCGCUUCCGACCGCUGACCUUCCACGGCCUUGUCCUCCGUUCCCAGCUGGUCACUCUUCUCGUCCGAGGCGUCUGUUACUCCGAGAACCAGUCCAGUGCGAGUCAGCCGCGUCUCUCCCAUGCCGAGAUGGUGGAGGAUUAUCCUCGUUACCCCGAUAUUCACGAUGUCAACCUCACCCUCCUAAACCCGCGAAUGAUCGUGGAUGUCGCCCCGUACAUGAACCCCUGUCCCUUCACCGUCUCCCCCAACACAAACGCCUCACAAGUGUUUAACCUCUUCAGAACCAUGGGACUAAGACAUUUACCUGUAGUGAAUGCAGUGGGUGAGAUUGUUGGUAUAAUCACGCGGCACAACUUAACCCAUGAGUUCCUGCAAGCACGCUUGAGACAGCACUACAUGACCUCCUGAUCUGACCGAGCGUCCCGUGUCUGAUCCC